CUUUCGAUGAUUGGUACAUAGAUUUCAGUUUCUUAGCUGGGUUUAUUCUCCUUUUUCCAUCAGCAUUUUAUCCCAAAAAGAGCGGGAAAAAAUUAGUUAUUGAAAGGAGAGAUAACUAAAUUGGAUCUGUUUUCAACAAUAGAGGCUUACGAACGUCAAAAUUGACUUAUAUGGUAAUACUUACUUGAUAUAAAAAUUGCCGUUUUAGUUAAUGAAGUUCUCGCCAACAACCACUUAGCUAUCAAAAACUGCGGUAGCGUUUUUUCCAUACCGGGAAAAACAAGAUGGCUUUUUAUUUGAGAACGAAAUGGCAAAGCAAUUGGUAGCUGCAAUUUUCAUAUUUUAUUGCUGAGAUGAUAAAACAUAAUGCACAAUUGGUGACGCCACUACAAAUGCUCAAAUGUUUUUUAAUGGCUUGCUAAUUCUGUCUUUAAAAAACGGAUUACAUACCGCGCUACAUUAAGAACAACGUUAAAAAUUGCUGAUUGCUUCAGUUAUAGCUUGCGCUAUUGUCUUUCCCUUAUUUUUGAUGGUCUUACACAAAUUUGCAUCUUAUUCGUUUUUGCCUUUUGAACUGAUUGUUGUUCAUUUUUAAAUAAUCGUUAUCGUUUAUUGGUCGUAUCCGUGGAACAUUCAUCAUUUGGAACUCUUGAAAAAAGACCACUUUAUAAUCGGGUAUAUAAACAAUAGAAAACAUUUUCUGCUUCGAAAAGUACCCUUAUUAGAAUUCACUUAUUACAUUUGCGAACUUUAUUUUAUAUCUAUGCUAACGUUAACUUCAUUCGUUUAGUGGAAUUGGUCGAAAUCAAAUAAAGGAAAUUCAAAGGUUUGAGUUAAUUGCCACUGACUUUCAAACUCCUCUGAAAUCAGGACGAUAGCAGGCCCGAGAUACGAGCUUUUAAGACUCGGAGACGAUAAAAAUCUUAGCGUUUUUUAUAAUCGUUAUCCUCAUUAUUAUGAUGGUCCUGAAAUGGAAGUAGCCAUGUUGUGCGCGUUCUGUUCCUGCGGUUCAAUUUCGGGCGAAAACCCCAGCCCCGAAGACACCAACGCCCCCCAGGAGGCUGAGAGGCCAAACAACGCUCCCACCAACAAUAACAACAACAACAACUACGUCGCCAGAACCAACACGGGGGGAGGCGGGGCUAACUCCAGCACAGCGAGGAGUGGCGGAGGAGCUGGAAACUCCAGAGGCGGUCCGAACAAUAGUUCGACAAACAGCACGGCAACUAACAAGCGUCGAUCCUCGGGGAAUUUGAACUCGUCUAAUAAUGCCAAAAACAACAGCUGCAGGAUUUUACCCCUACAAAUCAGCGCUACUAACGCGGAACUGGAGCAAUGGAAACGCAGUUUCGACCUCUUGAUGUCAACUACGCGUGGACAGGACAGCUUCCGUCACUUCCUGAGGAGCGAGUACAGUGAGGAGAACAUGAUGUUCUGGCUGGCGUGUGAGGAGCUGAAGGAGAUCAGGGACAACUCACAAAUCACUGACAAGUGCAAACAGAUCUACGAGGAGUUCAUCUCCGUCCUCUCCCCCAAAGAGGUUAGCAUUGACUCGCGGAUACGAGAGAUCAUCAAUAGAAACAUGGUCAACCCCGACACACAGUCAUUUGAGGAGGCACAGAACCAAAUAUAUCAGCUUAUGAAACGAGACUCCUAUCACAGAUUUAUCAACUCACCUUUCUUCAAAUCCUUAGAAGAAAAUGCCGCUGCCGCCACAACCCACACCCACGCCUCCCCCCUUCAACCCCCCUCCUCUAGCACAACCACUAACACAACCACAACCACAUACACCAAAACAUCCCCCAGACCCCUAGUUUCUUCCUCGUCUACGCAAAACAGUAGUGGUAGAGGUGGGGGUUCGAACCUAGGUCGAGCCACUGUGGAAGAUAGCGGAAGUCCGACCUCUCCAGAUUCGUCAAAACCAGCAGCCAAUAGCAAUUCAGGAAAAUAGCAAAGCAAAGCCGUACACGCCAAUCAUUUUUAUCAAAAUUUACAAAUAAAAAGUCAAAUGUUAUUUGAAAAAUUAUAUUUCAGAAUUUUAAAUGAACUAAAGGGCAGCUUAUGUCAAGUUAGUUACCAUAAUUAUUGCCAAAAUUGUUUUUAAUUUGUUCUAUUCAACUGUAUAGCCAACUUUCAGUAUUGAUUAAUUAUUUUUGAUCUCUUAGACCAUUUUAGUUGUUUCUACCGUCAACCAACCAACGAACCUAUCUUCAAACUACAUUACCCUAACUGCUGUUUCAAACUUCACCUAUUCAAAUUACUACAAAAUAUGAGCUCAUUUUCUUUUUUCUUAAAAGAACAACCUCGAAUA